GGGAGGAAGAGCGGAACAGUAGCCAGCACUGUUCCGAAAGGAGGAAGAGAGCUGCCCGCCUGCUUUCAUUUCUUGGGUAAAUAUUUGACUGCGUGUUUACCUUUUCUGAGUUUUUGGGUGUUGUGAAGAGGACUGGGCAGAACACCAGUUUAUCAGAAGCAAUUGUAACCAAGAGCCUGGAGGAGCCCAAAGAAGAAUCCAGAGAAGCUUCCUCUGCCAUCAAGUCGUCCACUGGGGCUGCAGGUUGGUGCUUCUCCACCAAUAUGCUUCCCGAAAGCACGAGGACCAGGCAGCUAAAUGGCAGCUGUGCCAGCUUGGUGGACAUGGAGCUCUUCCUCCAUUAUUCCCUCAUCCCGUCACUUGCCAUCAUUUUGGUCUUGUCCUUCCUCCAAAGACGAGAGCAUCGUAGACAGAGGGAUGAUACCUCUUACCUCCUGGGGAACCACUUUGGAAUCAUCAUGCCCCUGGACUUCGUGGGCACUUUUAGUAACCGAUGGUCCUAUGGGAUUGCCUUUGGUGCCACAGCCAAUAAGGUCAUGUUCCUGUUCUCAGAGGGCUACCAGCCCCUGCAGGUCCCGCAGUGGGCCCAAGCCUUCGUGCUUCUGAUUGGAGGCAUCGAAGUCGGCCUGGCCUACUUCCCCUUCUUUGCCUGCCUCUCAUCCGAGUUCCGGCUGGUCGGCUCCAUCCUCGGCUUCUGCUACUCUCUGAUCUGGUUUGCUGUCACUGUUCUCCAAGUCUCACAGUGUCCCCACGGGCAGUUUUUAGGGAGGUACGAGACCGUCAUGUUCUACUGGCCCUCACUGCUGUGCCUCGCUUUCCUGCUGGGCCGCUUCCUGCACAUGUUUGUCAAGGCUCUGAGGGUGCACCUGGGCUGGGAGCGCCAGGCGGUGAGUACUCAGUCCUCUCUGCCUCUGGCAAAUCGCUCCAGCUUUGAGGUCGCCUGGGAUCAGGAUAGGUCUUUUUCUCUCUCCUACACCCCACCAGAAGAAAAGUCGGUUCUGGAAGCUCACCAGGCAGCCCACGUCAAGCGGCUCCUGAGAAGGCCCCACCCGCGGUAA